AUGGCAAAUGAUCCAAGAAUCUCACAGACCGAGGCAUUCAAAAUCAACCAAGCCGCGGUCACGAGGAACUUCAAGCCAAGGAUCGAUUAUCGGACUGUCUCAGCAGUCAACGGACCUUUGGUUGUCCUGGACAACGUCCACUUCCCAUCAUACAAUGAAAUCGUCAACCUGACCCUACCCGAUGGGACUCAAAGAGGUGGGCAGGUACUCGAAGUGAGUGGAAAGAAAGCGAUCGUCCAAGUCUUUGAGGGGACUUCUGGUAUCGAUGUCCGAGCCACCCACGUUGAGUUCAGUGGCUCGAGUAUGAAAUUGCCUGUUAGCGAAGACAUGCUCGGAAGAAUCUUUAACGGAUCUGGCCAGCCUAUCGACAAAGGUCCCAAAGUUUUUGCCGAAGAUUAUUUGGAUAUCAAUGGAUCGCCCAUCAAUCCAUACUCUCGAAUCUAUCCCGAAGAAAUGAUCCAGACCGGAAUUUCCACGAUUGAUGCAAUGAAUUCAAUCGCGCGAGGACAAAAGAUCCCGAUCUUCUCGGCCGCUGGUUUACCCCACAAUGAAAUUGCUGCACAAAUUUGUCGACAGGCCGGCUUAGUCAAGAAAGGGGGUGUUUCCCCCGGACAAGGCAAGCCGACUAAAUCUGUUCAUGAUGAUCAUGAAGACAACUUUUCGAUCGUCUUCGCUGCGAUGGGUGUCAACAUGGAAACUGCGAGAUUUUUCAGACAGGACUUUGAAGAGAAUGGUUCACUUGAUCGAGUCACCUUGUUUCUUAACUUGGCGAAUGAUCCCACGAUCGAGCGAAUUAUUACCCCUCGACUGGCUCUUACUACGGCUGAAUACUUCGCCUACCAAGUAGAAAAACACGUGCUGGUCAUCUUGACUGAUAUGUCGUCAUACGCCGAUGCUCUCCGAGAAGUAUCUGCGGCUCGAGAAGAAGUACCAGGAAGAAGAGGUUAUCCUGGUUACAUGUACACUGAUCUGUCCACGAUCUACGAGCGAGCAGGGCGUGUGGAGGGUCGCAAUGGAAGUAUCACACAGAUCCCUAUCCUGACGAUGCCCAACGAUGAUAUUACCCAUCCUAUUCCUGAUUUGACCGGCUAUAUCACUGAAGGUCAAAUCUUUGUUGAUCGACUGCUUUACAACAAGCAAAUCUAUCCUCCGAUCAAUGUCCUGCCCUCCUUAUCUCGAUUGAUGAAAUCUGCUGUUGGAGAGGGUUUGACUCGCAAAGAUCACUCGGAUGUUUCCAACCAACUGUACGCGAAAUACGCGAUUGGGAAAGAUGCCGCCGCUAUGAAGGCUGUUGUUGGUGAAGAAGCCCUGUCAUCGGAAGAAAAACUUGCGCUCGAGUUCUUGGAUAAAUUUGAAAGCACAUUUGUAACCCAGGGAAACAACGAGAACAGGACGAUUUUCGACUCCUUAGAUCUCGCAUGGUCAUUACUGCGGAUCUUUCCUCGAGAGCAACUCAACCGAAUCCCCAAAAAGAUCCUCGAUGAAUGGUACUCUCGUCGACCGGCAAACAACACCAACCAAAAAAAUAACGACCCAAAACCCUAA